GUGGACUGAUAAGACACACAUAGGAGAGAGGAAGAGGUGAGGGGAAGGACAGAGAGAGAGCAAAGGAGAGAAACAAGUCAGAUAGAGAAGUAGAAUCAGCAGAGAAAUAGGAAGGAUGUUGACUCAGCAGUUGAGGGGAAAAGAGGAAGAGGAAAGCUGUGAGUGUGUGUGAGAGUGUGUGAGUGUCACUCUGCUGAUCUGCUCCUGCCGGGGUUAACGUCUAAAUGGAGGAGCCAAAGGUGUCCCGGUCCAUAGAGCUAAAUGACGGCUCCCUGAUGCCAGCGCUGGGGCUCGGGACCUGGAAGCCCUCCCCUAUCUCCCCCUCCUUGGUGCAAGGUGCAGUGGAGGCAGCCAUCGCGGCCGGUUACCGUCACAUAGACACCGCCUUCAGCUACAACAACGAGGCUUACAUCGGAAAGGCCCUGCGCUCCAAGAUGCGGCAGGGCAUCAUCCGGCGCCAGGACAUGUUCAUCGUCAGUAAGCUGUGUGAUACCUAUCAUGCCCCAGAGGACAUCCCUGUGUGCCUGGAUAAGUCCCUGAAAGACCUCCAGCUGGACUACCUUGACCUGUACCUCGUGCAUUUCCCUGUUGGCCUAAAGAAAAUGGGUGAUGCUUUCCCGGAGAAAGAUGGAAAGAUAUUGUCGUCUGACAUCGACUAUGUGGAUGUGUGGAGGGGGAUGGAGGCGCUGCAGGCCUCAGGGAAGGUGAAGAGCAUCGGUGUGUCUAACUUCAGCGUCCUGCAGCUGCAGAGACUCCUGGCACUGUGCAGGGUCCCCCCCGCUGUCAACCAGAUCGAGCUGCAUCCCUACCUGGUGCAGACUGAGAUGAUAGAGUUCUGUAAAUCCAAGAACAUCGUACUGACUGCCUACAGUCCGUUUGGCUCGCCUGGAAGACCCGUCGAGCUGCAGAGAGGAGACACUGAUCCUCUGAAGCUGCUGGAGGACCCUGUGGUGGCAGAUAUCGCCAAGAAGCACAGACACAGCGCCGCACAGGUGUUGCUGAGGUACCACGUGCAGCAGGGUGUUACAGUCAUCCCUAAGAGUGACAGGCCUCACCACAUCCUGGAAAACACAAAGAUCUUUGACUUCAGUCUGACUGAAGAGGACAUGCGAGCACUGAGAGAACUGGACCGCGGGUGGAGGUCCUGCGUGCAGGAGGAAAUCAAGUCCCACCCGUACUACCCCUUUGUAUGAAGCUGCCAGAGCAGUGGAGAGGAGACGGCAACAAGACCACAGCAUCACACAUUGCCAUUCAGCUGUGCCUUACUUACACAAUGAUAAGCAUAUAGUAGUCUAGUGUACCCAAAAAUGUUGAAUACUCCAAAGUUUUAAGCAUAAUACGGUCCCCAGCACAUAGAAACUGCUGGAUGCUAACUUUCAUAUGUUGGGCAAUUUGAACAAUUAUCACCAGUUGUGUUAAUUUGCAUUAAUGGCAUUAUAGCUUAUUUGGACAAUAGCAGAUUUGGACAGCUUUGGAGUUGUUUCAGGGGUUAUUGAGGAUGCCGUUUUAACCAGAAAGUGGACAUAUUUGUACUCCCGGGUUGACUACAAUGAAUAGUGUUGUGACCAUUGGAUAUAGAGAGCACAAGAUGAAAAUUAUUACUUCUUCUCUGGACAUUUUUUUCUUCUUCAUAUGAAUAAGCAAUCUGACCAAUCCAAAUGAUCCAGAGUCUACUUGAACUUCCAAAAUCGACCCAAAUUUAAUUAAAAUCAGUUAGUUCCCAUACGCUAUAAUUGUAAUGAAUGCUAAUUAACACAACGUAUGCUAAUUGUGCAAAUUUCCCAACAGAUGCAGGUUAGCGUCUGGCAGUGUCUAUGUGCUGGAGACCCCUCCUAUACAUUUCUAACAUUAAACUUUGGGGUACUCAACAUUUCCGGGUUCACAACAGGACUCUAGGAGCUGGGAACUACACUAUAUUGUGCAGGUGAACACACAUUUUAAGAUGAUUCAUCCUUCAAAUGUGAUUGUAAUUAUUAAUAAACUCAACAAAUAUAAGCUUUUACAAGUGAAGUGAUUACUUCUGUUCCGUGUUUUGAAUAAAAUACGUUGUCUUUACA